AAUAGAGGCUAGUAGAUAAAUUCCAAAGCUUUCUCACCCUUUGGAUUGGAAAAUUUGAGAUGUGUGUUCUAUACCACCUCCUAGAGGUCCUGGGCAGGACCGAACCUCAGAUAUUCACAAAGCCAGAUGUGAACGUGCAACGACAGUGACCUGCUCCUUACCAGGCCCUGCAGCGGCACCCUGCCCUUCCUCCUUCACGUCUCUGCUCCCCUGUAAGUGCUUCUUGGGAUCACUUCCCAGUUAGCUACUCGUACGCAAAUCCCCGUCUCAGAGUUUGCUUCUGGAAGAACCCAAAGGCAGCUGGGACUCUAGACCAUGCAUUCCAUGGACACAGCAUUGACCAUGCCCUGGUCUGGAAAGAAAACACGGCUUCUCCAUUCGAGGUUCAUCUGCCUCAAACAUGCCUGUGGCCACCUGCCCCUCCAACACCAAGACAGACCCAUCUCAUCGGUCCAGGGCCCCUGGCACAACCGCAGAUUCUUCUCAAGACCAUAUUCAAGCAGCUGCUUCCAGCGGGUGAGCACAGCCCCAGAAAUGGAACCUCUCUGGGGGCUCUGUUCCAGUGCAAUUGUGGCAAACACAACAGGAGAGAGAGAUGGGAGAGAGGACCUUUCCAGAGAAUGGGGAAGGCCGGGAGCUUGGGGAGUUACCAAGAGAAAGGAGGAGUGCCUGGUGAACAGUUCUGCCUGGCGGCCAUCCAGCUUCCCUUGUCAAAGGAGACAGGAUGAAGGCAGAUCUCAGGGGCCCCGAAAGGGACAUACUUGUCUUUGAACCAAUCAGCAUCCCAACCGAGGAGCCCUGGAGGGGACCCAAGGCAUGGGGGUGAUGGUGCUGGGAGAGCCAGGCUGCUUUGUAAAUAGGCCCCAGGGUCCUGGGAGAAUUGCACAACAAGCUGGAAAGCCGCCCAGGUGAGCUGGGAGGAGAGGAAGUCUCCCAGGCUGAGUGUGCUCAGGCGUGACUGAGCCAGCCCUCCUGGCCCGCGGGCAGGGUGGGUGUCCCCCAAGAUAAGCCAACCCCUGGCUGUGGAUGGUGAUCCUAUGAAGCACUGCUCAGGACAGCGGUAAAUCACUUCCUUGGAGCUGGUCCUCUUGAAUGCUGGCCACACACCAGUGCUGGGAGCGGGUGCUUUCUAGAAGUGCCGGGAGUCCUGUUCCUCCUGGGUGGCGUGGCCUGCUUGCCCUUGACAUCAGGAAGAGCUCAGGUGACGGCCACUUCCCCGCAACUCAGGGAGAGGCAGCAUGAGCCGGGCAAGGCACGUGGGCAAGAUCCAGAAACGCCUGGAGGAUGUCAAGAGCCAGUGGGUCCGGCCGGCCAGAGCUGACUUUAGCGACAAUGAGAGUGCCCGGCUGGCCACAGAUGCCCUUUUGGAUGGGGGUCCUGAGGCCUACUGGCAGGUGCUCAGCCAGGAAGGUGAGGUGGACUUCUUGUCCUCGGUGGAGGCCCAGUACAUCCAGGCCCAGGCGAAGGACCCCCCCUGUACCCCCGAGCUCCCGGGAGGGGCCGAGGCAGGCUCCAAGGGACUGGACUCCUGCUCCCUGCAAUCAGGUACCUACUUCCCCGUGGCCUCGGAGGGCAGCGAGCCGGCCCUGCUGCACACCUGGGCCGCGGCCGAGAAGCCCUACCUGAAGGAAAAGUCCAGCGCCACCGUGUACUUCCAGACGGACAAGCACAACAACCUCAGGGACCUGGUCCGCCGCUGCAUCACCCGGACCAGCCAGGUCCUGGCCAUCCUGAUGGAUGUGUUCACGGAUGUGGAGAUCUUCUGUGACAUUCUGGAGGCGGCCAACAAGCGCGGGGUGUUUGUCUGUGUGCUCCUGGACCAGGGAGGCGUGCAGCUCUUCCAGGAGAUGUGUGACAAAGCCCAGGUCUCUGACAGUCACCUCAAGAACAUCUCCAUCCGGAGCGUGGAAGGAGAGGUGUACUGUGCCAAAUCGGGCAGGAAGUUCGCCGGCCAAAUCCAGGAGAAGUUCAUCAUCUCCGACUGGAGAUAUGUCCUGUGUGGAUCGUACAGUUUCUCCUGGCUCUGCGGACAUGUGCACCGGAACAUCCUCUCCAAGUUCACGGGCCAGGCGGUGGAGCCAUUUGACGAGGAGUUCCGGCACCUGUACGCCUCCUCCAAGCCCGUGAUGGGCCUCAAGUCGCCCAGGCUGGCUGCACCGCUCCAGCCCAGAGCAGGCCCCAGCCCCCCGCCCGGCCGCCUCAGCGGCAGCAGCAGCAGCUCUGCCAGUGACCGCACAUCCUCCAACCCCUUCAGCAGCCAGUCGACGGGCAGCAACCCCCAGAACCAGAGUCUGUCCGCAUCCUCGGGGCCCGGCAGCCCCCUGGCCCCAAACCCACCUCCAGCUCCCAGGUUCCAGUCCCAUCACGCCCCUUGGGGGGCCCCGCAGGCCCACUUCGCAAGGCCCCACGACAGCCUGCCUGCUCCUUACAGCAACCUCAACGCCUACAGGUCCACGCGGCUGCAGCUCGAGCAGCUUGGCCUGGUGCCUAGGAUGGCCCACCCCUUGAGGCCCUUUCUCCAGGCCUUGCCUCAUUUCUGAGGGGUCUCUUCCUCCAAAGGACCUCCUCGGGGCCAAGGCUGGGGCAUUCGUGGAGUUUCUGCCUCCAGGACCCCACUUGAACAGCUAGAAGCUUUGAGCCUGCUUCCCUUUGAACUAAAGGCGCUUGGACAAGACUUGCCGGUGUUUGGUCCCAGGCCUGAGACCGUUCACCCUGCAGACCUUUUCCUUUUCCUGCCUUCCCGGCUCUAGUAUGGCCUAUGCAGCGCAUUCUAGAAGAUUCUGGGAAGGUAGGGGGCAGGGGGCUAGAGGACAAAAUCAUGAAAAUAGAGCCCCUUUCUUCCAAAGAUCA